AUGGCUUAUCGUGCAUCUCAACUGCGAUUACCAGCUGAAAUCACAAAUGCUGGCCCAAUAGAAGAUGAGGAUUCUUUAUGGGAUUUGAAUCGAUUAUUUUUGAAUCGUUCAAAUUUAAUUAAUCUUAUUCAACCUAAUACACACUGUCUUCAAAUCAUCAUUACUGUACUUUUUAAUUCAUGUUUUGACUAUGUUCCGGCUCAUAUUGCUUACAUUGAAGUUGGACCGAUUAAACCACUUUCUUAUUUUGUAGAACUUACAGGAGAAAGUCAUUUUGAUAUUCCAUUAUUAUCGAUUCGUCUUUUAGAUGAAUUAUCUUCUACAACGGAUGAUGCCAAACAAAUGAUACCAAAUGAUAUUCUUCAAGGACCUUUAUCAGCCUUUAUCACCCACUUUUUUUAUUCAAUCAAAUGAUCUUAAUUCAUCAAAAACUGUCAUUUCAUCCUUAAUUAAAUGUUUAAGUAUAAGUACUACGAUUUUAGAAUGACUUUUCUUUUUUGUUUGUUUGUUUGGAUCCGUUAACUCUAUUUUGAUGAAUAGGGUCUGUUAUUGUUCUGAAAAUUGGUAUUGAUCAAUAGAAUUACAUAAGUGAAUUAGAUGAAGAGCAAAUCAAAAGCCCAAAAGUACCAAGCGGAAUGACAGGAGGAGGAGAAUAUCAAGCUAUGGAAUAUUAGUACUUAUUUUUCAUUCCAUUUAACCUUUUUGUCUUCAUUUUAUUUUUUCAAAUCAACUUUUAAAAUCAAAACUUGAUUAUGUUUUCAAAUCCCAAU